AUCUCCCACUCCCACAGCACAGGGGGCUCUCCGUCUCCUCUCUCAGGCAGCUCUUCUCUUCCUGCUUCACAACCUUGCCGUCCUCUCUACUCUUCCUACGGUGCCACAAUGAACCGGCAGUUCAGCUCCCGAUCGGUGUCAACGGGUGGAAGAAGGGGCUAUUCCGUUUCUGGCAGUGGCUUCAGAGCAAGCAGUGGUUCAACAUCCCUCGUUCCCAUUGGAGGAGCGGGAACGUUCGUUGGUGGCUUUGGCAGCAGGAGUCUCUACAGCCUUGGUGGAAGCAAGAGGAUAUCUCUGGGCCUAGUUUCUGGUGCCGGUGGAGGUCACUUGGGAGGGGGCUUUGGUGGAAGAGGCUUGGCUGGUGGUGGUCUAGGGUUCAGCAGCAUUAGUGCUGCAAAUUAUGGAGGUUUCGGUGGCGGUGGUGGUGGCUUUGGCAGUGGCGUAGGCCUUGGUGGUGGUGUGGGAUUUGGAGGUGGUGCAGGCCUUGGCGGCGGCACAGGCCCGGGGGGCUUUGGUGUUGGAGGAUUUGCCAUUUCAGGACCUGGGCCCUAUGCACCGCCUGGGCGCAUCCACAAUGUCAUUGUUAACAAGAAUCUACUUACUCCGCUACACAUGGAAGUCGAUCCUGAGCUCCAGAGAGUUCGGGUGCAAGAAAGAGAACAGAUCAAGACCCUCAACAACAAAUUUGCUACCUUCAUUGACAAGGUACGAUUCCUCGAGCAACAGAACAAAGUGCUGGAGACCAAAUGGGACUUGCUGUACCAGCAGGGCACGCCGGCUCUGAGAGACAAUCUUGAACCCCUCUUUGAAGCGUACAUUGACUCCCUCCGACGGCAGCUGGAAAGUCUAAUCACCGAUAAAAACCACCUGGAUAUUGAACUGAAGAACACACAAGAGCUUGUCGAAGAUUUCAAGAACAAAUACGAGGAUGAAAUUAACAAACGUACAGCUUGUGAGAAUGACUUUGUGGUGCUCAAAAAGGACGUGGACGGUUCCUAUAUGCACAAGAUUGAUCUGGGAUCCAAGGCCGAUUCCUUGACUCAGCACAUCCAAUUCUUAAGAGCACUCUUUGAUGCGGAACUUACUCAAUUACAGUCACAAGUCAAGGACACCAGUGUCAUCCUUCAAAUGGACAACAACAGAGAUCUGGACCUGAAUAGCAUCAUUACUGAAGUCAAAGCUCAGUAUGAAGAGAUUGCCAACAGAAGCAGAGCCGAAGCAGAAGCAUGGUACCAAAGCAAGUUCCAGGAACUCCAAAGCACAGCUUCCAAACAUGGGGAUGAACUGAAAUCCACCAAAGAUGAGAUUGCAGAAUUGAGCCGGGUUGUCCAAAGACUUCGUGCUGAAAUUGAAAUUGUGAAGAAAGCGGUGAAUGGUCUACAUUCUUCUAUAGCAGAAUCUGAGCAGCGUGGGGAGCUAGCACUCAAAGACGCUCGGACAAAGUUGCUCGACCUCCAGACUGCCCUACAGACCCGCAAGGAUGAGCUGGCUCGCCUGCUGCGUGAUUACCAGGAGCUGAUGAAUGUGAAAUUGGCUUUGGACAUUGAGAUUGCCACCUAUAGAACAUUGCUGGAGGGAGAGGAGAGCAGGAUGUCUGGGGAGUGCCAAACUCCUGUCAACAUCUCUGUGAUCAGCAGUUCCAGUUCUAUUGGUGGUGGUGGCGGCAGCGGAUACGGUAUCGGCGGGGGAAGUGGAUAUGGUGUCGGAGGCGGCGGCGGAUAUGGAGCCGGAGGAGGAAGUGGAUAUGGUGUUGGAGGCGGCGGCGGAUAUGGUGUCGGAGGAGGAAGUGGAUAUGGCAUUGGAGGGGGAAGUGGAUUUAGUCUUGGAGGUGGUGGUGGUGGACAUAGCCGCAUCAGUGUUGGAGGAGGAGGAAUCGGCCGACAUAGUGGAGGCAGCCUAAGUGGUACGGGAAGCCUAGGUGGUAGCGGCUAUGGCGGGGGAAGUUCAAGUGUGAAGUUUGUUUCAUCCACAACAUCAAGCAAGAGAAUAAGCAGUUAAGGUUUUUUUUUUUUAAAUCAUCAUUCCUUGCUUCAUGAAACAAACAUCCCUCCCUCUCACAAUACAUGUAUUGCUGGUAAUCAUCUCCCACAAACUUCCCACUUCAACCACAAAGGCAAGAAAGAAAAGGCAAAUAUCAUCUGCCGUGUUUUCCUGUCAUUCCCUCAUGUUAUCCUCAGAGCUGAAACUUGCAAUACUACUUUUGCAUGAAAUCGGGCAGGAGGAGGGGGGCACGUGUUUGAAUAUUUCUCCAUAACCUCCUUGCAAAUGCCAAACUGGGAUGUUAAGGAGAAUUUUUUUUCACCUCACCUUCUUUUGACGUGCUAGUUUUUUGUUUACAGGGAAGGUCAUUUUUUUAAAAAAUAUAUGGGGAGUGUGAUCACAUACCUACAAGCUAUGAAGUGGCACGGGAAACACGGCACUCCAUGCCAUGCCUGUUCAAGGCGUGUGUUCACCAGCAGAGCUAAAAGAGAGCUGCUUUUACUCUGCAGUCUACUAAUUUGUCUAUCCCAACCAACUAAUGGCCCUGGGUGGGGGGAGGACUUUAUCCCCUAUCUCUCCCCCUCUAGGCUGCUUAAUGCUUCCAGGGACUUGCGCAUUCUCAUUCUCUCUCCUUUGCCCCAUUUUUUCUUAUGCUGACACUCGGCCAUUCUAAACAUUCCAUUCCUCCUGGAACAUUUUCUGUCCUGUUCAAUCUGUUUUUUAACCAUUUCUUUUUCUGUUGUUUACUUGACAAAGUCGUCUUUUUUCCUUGCAUACUUGGAGAAUCUCCAGAAUGGGUAGAGAGACCACUAUCUAGUUCAUGGGUGGCCCCAUUGCUCAGCUUUCAUUAUCCACAGAGGAGCCAGCCAGUUUACUCUUAGGGCCAAGCUACAAGUGAUGAAUGACACUUGAACGGCAAGUGUAUUUCUCCCUGUUCACUUGCCUUCCACUCAAUCCACUUGCCGUUCAAGUGUCAUUUGUUACUUGUAGCUUGGCCCUUAGAUAUCACAAUGAGCGUAACUUUAGUUAUAGAGCAACUUUCUUUCAUUGUGUUGCUUUUUAUGCUGUGUAGAUGUACAAGAAACAGUCACAUAUUUUGUCCCAGAAUAUCUUUUUCUAUAGGUUCUCAGUUGUUUCCUCCUUAAAACAGGACUGGAUGGUCCCAUUUUGAGACAAGGACCAAAACACACCCCAAACACACCAGAACAGGAAAAGAUGGGUACUUAAUUGAAGCUAAAGAGAAAUGAGAGUAAUAAAACCAUGCAGCUUCAAUUUAAAAUGGUAACCCAUUCCUACCCUGUUUUAAACUUACGUUUCUUCAGGAGUUCAGGGUGGCUGAAUAUAAACCACAGCUCAGGUAUAUUAUUGCUUCACUAUCAUCUUCAAGUACGUGAUGAGGUAAGCACUUGUUUAUAAAAGACUGUGACAAAUUUGUCAGUUCCUAGGUUCCUCAGGACAAUUUUUACAGCUAAAAGUGAUAUCUUGAAAGGCAAUAGCAACAACACCAAAAAAAGGUUUUGCAGUUUGUGGACUGUGACAACCACUCCUAGCUCUGUGACAUGGGUUUCCCUCACAAAAUGGGCCCAGUCUGGGGACAGAUCAGCCUGUGAGUUCCUGAAGUGACAUGUGAACUCAUCCUCAGGGUGUGAACCUCCUAUGUCAGGAAAAGGAGAUGAAGGCCUGUUACAAAAUAUUAAUCUGGCAUCCUCUAUCUCUUUUACUCAUGGGCUACAUUUUCUCAGCCUGCACAUAAAUACUGCCUCCUGUUUCCCCAUCCCAGUUUUUAAAUGAGGCAGGGUGCCCGGUCAUUUCUUCUCCUCUGGGGCCUUAGUUACAGAGAAUUUAGCCAAAAUGUUCAAGGCACCCCUAUCAAAAUCAUAAUGUAGUGAUGGGAAAAGUCCUUUUAAAGGCACAGGAGCCCUUCCAAAGAAAAGGUUGGCAGCCCUCAUUUGACUGAACAUUUUUCACUGAACCUUGAAAUGUUUGUUCUGGAGUGUGGCAGUAGAACAUAAAAGAAUUCUAAAAAGAUUUUUUUUUAAAUUUUACAUCAAUUUAUUCCAAAGCCAUUCAUCUUGAGAUAAUCAUUUUCAAUACCAAAUAUUUCAUUCAGGCACACACCGAAUGCAUAUCUACACUAAUAGCCUAUUGUCAGUUUUAUAUCAAUUUCACAGUGAUGGCUUCCCCCCCAAAUCCUGGGAAUUGUAAUUUGGCGCGGGCGUUGAGAAUUCUCUGCUGUGCUGAAGACCAGUAGGCUUGCCCUCAUUGAAAUACAAUUCCCAGAAUUCUUUAGGUAAAGAGAAUUAUAAUUGAACCAGUGAAAAUGUUCCUUUUUUUCAAUGCAACCACCAAAUCCCAACAGCAAUUGUAUAUCUAUAAUAAGGCGUUGAAGAUGCUAUGACAGAAUGAUCAUUGCCCUUGCUAUAUACAUACAUUUCUUUGGUUCCAGUGUGGUCAAACAGGUUUCUGCCACUGUGCAUGACCAGAAAUGAUAAUGGGGGUGUCUGCACACUCCCUUGACAACAAUGCACCAGAUCUUAUUACACUGGAUAAUGAUGCGCCGGUCAUAUAAUCUUCAGCGCUAUCAUUUGUCUUGGGAAUAUGUUCCUUCGCAUGUCUUUUUUUGGAAUUAUGCAACCAUAAACUGCAUUUUCUCCAAUGUUUACUUCCUCCUUUUUGCAGUAUCUUGAGGAGGAAUAUUUGAGUUCUCCAUCACAGGUGUUAACGGGAGUCAGUCGUUUCUAAAGCAAUUUCAUUGGGGCCACACAAGGCAACUGCGUCCCCUCCCUUCCACUUUUUGGAGUGAUUUUGUCUGUUACUUGCAAUAGCCAAGAAGGAUUUUUUUUUAAAAAAAGAAGUGUUCCUCAACAGUGUGUCUUACUUAAAGUGAAUGAGUCCCUGAGUGAGCUUACAUCUGUCCUGUUUAUUGCUUAACCUGCUCCUUCAGUUUGUGCAUGCAAAUGGGAGCACCUUUUUCUCCCUACACUGGUGGUAUUGUAAAGUUUAAAUGGUCUUUGUAUAUUGCUUCCACCUUCUUGAGAACUCUAACAUUUCCGGUGUCUUUAAUAAAAUUGCAUUGUGUAGAAA